AUGGAUAUUGAAUUUCCAAGGGGUCAUAUUGGAGUCAAGAGCUUUGAUAUUGAUCUAGUUGAUGAACAAGGGAAUUCUAUACCAUUGUAUGAAACAUACAUCCACCAUUGGUUUGCUUUAAAAUAUGAUGAAAAUGAUGAUAAGAAUAUGUCACACGACCCCAAUGAUAAUACAAAACCGUUUGGGGGUCCCAUAAUAAAAAGAAAUCAAGGAACGUGCAACGAUUUAAUUCUUCCACUUUAUUGGGGGUUGGGAGGUGAAUCACGAGGAACAAUUUCAAAGCUUCCAGAUCCUUUUGCGGUUGAAGUAGGUAACCCUGCAAAUAUUACAAAAGACUGGAAAGAGAAGUGGCUCUUUUAUGUCAUGUUCAUUGAUACACGAGGCACAAAAAAUAGGAAAAGUUGCAGUGAAUGUAGGUGUGACCAAUUUAAUCUCCCAAAGAAUUUUUAUAAUAAGACACAUGAUAUCCAUGAUAAACCAUUGUCCCAUGACUAUAAAGGAGGAAUCUUUUGUUGCCACAAUAAAUUUCAGUGCAAGUUGAGAAAGGGACUCCCAGCACCACGUAGAAAGCUUGCUAUAAGAUACAAAAUAAUGUGGGUUGACUGGAACGAACAACAAAUCCCUGUUAGAUUUUAUGUGAUGGAUUCCACUGAUCGUGUCAAAACAAAUGGUUCUAAAACAAUACAUGAUUGUCUGACAGAGUAUUUUAUUCCAGGAAACAAUAGCAGUGACCAUGUCCAUGUUCAGAAAGCAAGUUUCCCUAUAGAAAAAGGUGGUUAUCUUAUCUACGGAACUGCUCAUAUGCAUACAGGUGCUAUUAAUGCAACACUAUAUAGACAGGAUGGAAGGACAUUGUACACAUCAAAAACAAAAUACGGAACGGGAAAGAAAGCAGGAAAUGAAAAAGGUUACCUUGUUGGAAUGUCUGUAUUUUAUCCAAAACUAGGUUCAAUCAAGAUUAAGGAUGGUGAAAUCGUAUCUAUGGAAUCUAUAUAUAAAAAUGAAUUUCACACUGGAGCUAUGGGGCAUAUGUACUUCUAUUUGGCUGAUCGACUACCACACGGAAAAUAUUCAUCAUAUUCCUAUGAUUUGUAA